CCUCCUGCUGCUCCUCCUCAUCCGCCUCCUGUUGCCGUCGCCGGGCCGCGUGUCGGAUGAAGAGCGCGUGGCGUCCCCUUCCUGCACCAUGGAGCCCGUCCCGGCGCUGACCUUCCGCGGCCGCAGGAACUCUCGAAAAGACUUUCCCAUAUGCACUGUAUAGCAGGAGCUCUGCUUUGUUCCUUGCCCCCCAUCUCCGGCUUAUUUAGUUUAUUUAAUUUUAUAACGUUAUUUAUUAUAGCCUCUGCAUACCUCAUAUUUUGUUUACAUAUCUGAGUGGCAAGUGGAUCUGGAAACCACUAAAGGUAGGGCCAUGGAGGUGACCGCCGGUGUGCCCAGCACCCUGGGCGAGCUGCUGCUGAGCACCGUGAAGCCCGUGGCCUCGGGAGGCCCCAUGACGGCUUUCCUCUGGAUGCUGAUCUUGGGCUUCGUCAUCGCCUUCGUCCUGGCCUUCUCCGUGGGCGCCAACGACGUGGCCAACUCCUUCGGCACGGCGGUGGGCUCGGGCGUCGUGACGCUGCGGCAGGCGUGCGUCCUGGCGAGCGUCUUUGAGACCGUGGGCUCCGUGCUGCUGGGAGCCAAAGUGAGCGAGACCAUCCGCAAGGGGCUCAUCGACGUGGAGAUGUACAACUCGACGGCGGAGCUCCUCAUGGCCGGCUCCGUCAGUGCCAUGUUUGGAUCGGCUGUGUGGCAGCUAGUGGCUUCGUUCUUGAAGCUCCCCAUUUCUGGUACCCAUUGCAUUGUUGGGGCGACAAUCGGCUUCUCGCUGGUGGCCAGAGGGCAGAAAGGUGUCAAGUGGUCAGAGCUGCUUAAAAUUGUGUUGUCCUGGUUCAUCUCACCCCUCCUUUCUGGCAUCAUGUCUGCUAUCCUGUUCUUCCUUGUCCGUAGGUUCAUCCUUUGUAAGGCAGAUCCCGUUCCCAAUGGCUUGCGAGCGCUGCCCGUCUUCUAUGCCUGUACCGUGGGGGUCAACCUCUUCUCCAUCAUGUAUAGCGGGGCACCUUUGCUGGGCUUUGACAAACUGCCUCUCUGGGGUAUCCUCCUAAUUUCGGCGGGGAGUGCUGUUGUCUGUGCUCUCGUCGUCUGGUUCUUUGUAUGUCCGAGAAUGAAGAGGAAAAUCGAACGAGAGAUUAAAUCGAGCCCCUCGGAAAGCCCCCUCAUGGAGAAGAGCAGCAGUUUGAAGGAAGAUCCUGAGGAGCCCAAAGCGCCCGUGGGCGAUGCCAAGAGCCCCGUGGCUGACGUGGUGCUGGCGGCGCCGCCGCGGGCGGCCGUGGAGGAGAGAACGGUCUCCUUCAACCUGGGAGACCUGGAGGAGGCCCCAGAGCACGAGAGGCUCCCCAGCCUUGACCUGAAGGAAACCAACGUUGACAGUGGAGCCGUGCAGCUGCCCAACGGCAACCUCGUGCAGUUCAACCAGGCCGUGGGCCACCACAUCAACUCCAGCGGGCAGUACCAGUACCACACGGUGCACAAGGACUCGGGCCUCUACAAGGAGCUGCUGCACAAGCUGCACCUCGCCAAGAUGGGCGACUGCAUGGGCGACUCGGGGGACAAGCCGCUGCGGCGCAACAACAGCUACACCUCGUACACCAUGGCCAUCUGCGGCAUGCCCCUGGACUCCUUCCGCGCCAAGGAGGGCGAGCCCAAGGGCGAGGAGACGGAGAAGCUGACGUGGCCCGCGGCCGACACCAAGAAGAGGGUGCGCAUGGACAGCUACACCAGCUACUGCAACGCGGUGGCCGACACGCACCCGGCCGCCGACGUGGACCUCAACACGGCCCAGGUGGAGAUGGGCAUCGGCGACAGGAAGGGCAGCAGCAACUCCCUGGAAGAGUGGCACGACCAGGACAAGCCGGAGGUGUCCCUGCUCUUCCAGUUCCUGCAGAUCCUCACCGCCUGUUUUGGCUCUUUUGCUCACGGUGGCAACGAUGUCAGCAACGCCAUCGGCCCCCUGGUCGCCCUCUACCUCGUCUACGAGACGGGCAAUGUGACUACGAAGCAGGGGACUCCCAUCUGGCUGCUGCUCUACGGAGGUGCCGGCAUCUGCAUCGGCUUGUGGGUCUGGGGGAGGAGAGUCAUCCAGACCAUGGGGAAGGACCUGACUCCCAUCACGCCGUCGAGUGGCUUCAGCAUCGAGCUGGCGUCAGCGCUCACCGUGGUGAUCGCCUCCAACGUGGGCCUCCCCAUCAGCACCACGCACUGCAAGGUGGGCUCCGUGGUGUCCGUGGGCUGGCUGCGCUCCCGCAAGGCCGUCGACUGGCGCCUCUUCCGCAACAUCUUCGUGGCCUGGUUCGUCACCGUGCCCAUCUCGGGCCUCAUCAGCGCCGCCAUCAUGGCCCUCUUCAUGUUCGCCGUGCGGGGCGCCUGAGGGGCCGUGGCCCCCCGGCCCCGCUCCCCGCAGCCUCCCCACUGCUCUAGCCUUCUCUCUCGGCCUCUCCCCCUCCUAUCUAGUGCCCUCACUGAAUUAUCUUGGGUUUUUUUUUUUUUUUUAAUAAUAAUAAGGGAGACUGUGUUGCCCGCCCAGCCCCGGUGGGCACCGUGAGGAGCCGGCGCUCGGCCCACCCUGGGGUGCCCCCGGGUGCUGCGUAGCUGUAGAGUAGCGUGUGGGGGGGAGGCCGCUUGUUGUUUUCUAAUUUGAACUCCUCCUAACGCCUCGAUGACGAUGCUCCCGCCGCGGCUCCUCCUCGCGCGCAGCCUGGCGCCGGGUCCCGCGGCCCGGCGGCACGGGA